AUGACAAGUUUAGGACUUCGGGUUAUCGACUUGCUACAAAAACCAGCAACUUACGAAUCAUUUCAACAUUUAUGCCAACGCUUCAAGACUAGAAUCUAUCUCCCCAAAUUCAAUAAGGCACAAGAAGUUGGUGAAAACCAAACAAAUAUAAGAAAUCAAAGACUAUCUGUUCCAAGGAAAUCAUGCUUGAAGACAACAUAUGUCAACUUGUUAAGAAAUCUUUAUCCUCUGGAACAUGUUAAUCAUGAAAAGCUUUACAAUGCUUAUAGUUCAUUGCCUUCUCCACAACCAUUACAUGUGCAACCACAACAUUUGGAACAACUCAUGGAUCAAUUUGUUAACUCGGGAGGUAAUUUCAGAGGUAGAAAUGCAAGGUUUUUAACGGAUAUCAUCUCUGAUUUAGCUAAUUGCGGUAUGAAGCUUUCAAUAAGAGAAAUUAAUAAUUAUUUGUACUUGAUGAAUUAUAAUCAAGAUACUGAUCUAACUAUUGUUAAAGGUAGUUAUCACUCAAUUUUAGAUAUGGGUGAGUUUAACAUGAGUACUUUCAAUACAUUUUUAAAAAUAGGGAUUGAUAAACAAGAUGAAGGCUUUAUGAGUCAAAUUCUGGAUGAUAUUGUUUCCAACAAUUUUAAAUUUGAUCGCUUCACAUAUGAUAUGUUGAUGAGAUAUGCAGGUUCUUGUGGAGACUAUGAGCGAUGCUUGGUUUUCUUUGAAAUGUUCUUGGAUGAAGGCCAUAUUCUUGAUAUUUCAAUGAUAAAUACUGUGAUUACUGUUCUUUUGGAAAACAAUCAAAUUCAAGAGGCAACUGAGAUUGUUGAUUUAAUUUUCAAGAAACCUGAAAUAAACAACACGUUUAAUAUUCUUGAAUCUAAUUUUUCAAAUUCAACACAUGAAAGGCGGAUUAAUGCCCAAGAAUUGACGUUCUUGGAUUUUCAUAAAAUACAAACCCCAAAUGAACUACUAUUCAAGCCUGUACCGACUUUAUCAACUUUUCAGCCUUUGAUAAAGUAUUUCACAACAGCUGAACAUUUUAAUCUAUCUAAAAUCUUCAAGUGUUUGGAAGAAAUGAAUGAUUUAAAAAUUGCUAUUCCUCAAAGUAUUUACAUCAAUAUUUUCAAUAGCUUGAAAGAGCAAGAUAUCAAGGAUCUUCAAUAUUUGAAAUUUAUUCUUAAUUUCAUGAUGAAUGAGACAAAUCUCAAGUUCAAUAGUCCAUUAUUUGAUUCCAUAAUUGAUACAUUUUUGAAGCAUUCAGGGUAUCAGAACAAAUUGAUAAAUGGUAUUGAAAAUCAAUGGUUGACCCUGAAACAAAACAUGAGAGGUACACCUUAUUCAAGAAGAUCUGAAGAGAUUGAAGAAUUCAGUACAGAAUCUAUCAACAAGUUGCUCAUGUUUUACGAACCGAGAGACCAGCAAAUUUUGUCCUAA